CCUCUCCUGUUGCGCGCGAGGAGGCAGGCCGGUGUUUUUCCACUGCCGCGGAUGUCUCUUGUCCCCCCCGUGCUGAGAGACAAAGGUCAGCAAGGGAGCUUCGCAAACAGGCUAAAAUAGAAGCUACCGACGCGUGCAGCCCUUCAGUCGCUUCUCGCGGACACGAGAGGAACGCGGACAGGACGGAAGGUGCACGGGAGCGCGCUCAGAGGACAUUGGGAGGACAACGUUACAAUAACGGACCAGAAUGGCUCAAAAAGAGAAACUUCAGUGCCUGAAGGAUUUCCACAAGGACACCCUGAAGCCGUCCCCCGGUAAAAGCCCCGGCACCCGGCCCGAGGACGAGGCCGAGGGCAAACAUCCGCAGCGGGAGAAGUGGGCCAGCAAGUUGGACUUUGUUCUGUCCGUGGCGGGCGGCUUCGUUGGUUUAGGGAACGUCUGGCGUUUCCCGUACCUCUGCUACAAGAACGGUGGAGGUGCAUUUCUCAUCCCCUACUUCAUUUUCCUGUUUGGCGGAGGCCUGCCGGUCUUCUUCCUGGAGGUGUCCCUGGGUCAGUUCACCUCCGAGGGGGGCAUCACCUGCUGGGAGAAGCUCUGCCCCAUCUUUACUGGUAUUGGUUACGCCUCCAUCGUGAUUGUGUCCCUGCUGAAUAUCUACUACAUCGUCAUCCUGGCUUGGGGCCUCUACUACCUGUUCCAGUGCUUCCAGCCGGAGCUCCCGUGGGCCAAGUGCAACCAGCCCUGGAACACCGAGCGCUGCAUCGAGGACACCUACCGCAAGAACAAAUCCCUGUGGCUGGCCGCCAACGCCUCCGGCCUCUCCAACUUCACCUCCCCCGUCACCGAGUUCUGGGAACACAACGUGCUGGGCAUCACCAGCGGCAUCGAGGACAUCGGCCCCGUGAAGUGGGACCUGGCUCUGUGUUUGCUGCUCGUCUGGGUCGUCUGCUUCUUCUGCAUCUGGAAGGGAGUGAAGACCACCGGCAAGGUGGUCUACAUCACAGCCACCUUCCCCUUCGUCAUGCUCAUCGUGCUGCUGAUCCGCGGCGUCACGCUGCCCGGCGCUUCUGCGGGCAUCAGGUUCUACCUGUACCCGGACCUGGACCGCCUGAAGGACCCAGAGGUGUGGAUCGACGCCGGCACCCAGAUCUUCUUCUCCUACGCCAUCUGCUUGGGCGCCAUGACUUCCCUGGGGAGCUACAACAAGUACAAAUACAACUGCUACAGGGACUGUUUGCUGCUGGGAGCCCUCAACAGUGGUACCAGUUUUGUGUCUGGCUUCGCAAUAUUUUCCGUCCUGGGCUUCAUGGCACAAGAGCAAGGGGUGGACAUUGCUGAUGUGGCAGAGUCAGGCCCCGGCCUGGCGUUCAUCGCCUACCCCAAGGCCGUGUCCAUGAUGCCCUUCCCUACCGUCUGGGCAGUGCUCUUCUUCAUCAUGCUGCUGCUGCUCGGCCUCGACAGUCAGUUCGUGGAGGUGGAAGGGCAGAUCACAUCACUGGUGGAUCUGUAUCCGUCCUUCCUAAGGAAGGGUUACCGCAGAGAGAUCUUCAUCGCCAUCAUCUGCAGCAUCAGCUACCUGCUUGGACUCACCAUGGUUACCAAGGUAACGGCACUACUGCGAACGAAAAAAGAACCCGCCCCUCCGACGCAGACCAACCAAUCGUAGCGCGCGCGCGUGUGU